AUGUCCUACCUUGAACAGUACCGCCCGCCAGGCCGGAGUAACCGGUCAGGACGAACCAAUGCCGACAACGAUGUUUUUGAGGGUCUUCCCGUCAAACAAUGGGGCCAGCAAUAUGCUCGGGUAUCUCUCGCGCCACCCGUCUCAGAAACGCAGCCUGGUCAGGACGACAAAUGGGGCGAACCGCCAAUGCCACGGGACUACCAGCUUUUGAACACUUGGACUCAGCAUCUACUCCGGCUGGCGCGAUCCGGGAAAGUCGGCACGAAGCGCAAGCAAGAAACAGACGCAAUAGACGAUGAUAGGCCCGAAGACGAGGUCGCCGAGGAUGUCAAUGCCAAGACCAAUCUCGACGAGAGAGUAUAUGUGGCGAAGAAGUGGAAGCCUGUCCCGGACCAUAUGCUUGUACAGGAGCAUAAACACUUCGAAUUCCUCGCAAAACGCAGAAGGGGCCUGUCAAGCCUCUAUGCUCCCGAUCAGCAGAAUGGAGCGGUUGUCGCCAUGCGGAAGACCAAGGUGCAGAGAGCCGAUGUGAGUGGAGAGACGGUUCUGUACGAAGUCCUUGUGCCUGAAGGGCAACACGUCGAGGGCGAGGUGCCGGAGUCUAUCGAACUUCCAGAUGCCAAGCCAGUCACUGCAGCACCGGGCACCGUCAUCGAAGGCGUUGGCAUAGCAAAUGAGGAAGGUGUGCUGGUUGCGGAACAUCUCAAACCGGCUGUGGUCCCUCGUCGAAACCGGCCGCCUCCCAAGAAGAAGGGUGGCCCAGGGCGCGGUAAAAAGCGCGUUACCUUUACCAACCCGGAUGGUAGUACCUAUACGACCAUUGUUCCGAAUGCGACAAAGAUUGUUCCCCAACCUGGUCAAGUCGUCAAACACGUUGCCAAGGGAGAGGAAGCGGGCGCCGAUGUCACCGUAGAGGAAGCCGCUCGAAGGCAACAACAGCAUCCAGGCGAAGGUGAGGAGGGCUCUGGCAGUGAUGAGGGUGACGAUGAGGACGAUGACAGGGAGGUCGGCGAGGUAUCAGAUGAGGAUGCACCGGGCACUGGAACUGUUACGCCGGCGAAGCCAACGACUCCGGCUAAGACGCCUUCCUCGGCACCUCCUGCGGAAGUUGGAGAAUCUCAGCCGAUGGAAGAUGUCAGACCUACUGGCGAGGCAAUUCAAGAGCAUCAAGAGCUGAGCGAGGCCGCCGCGGCUACGAUGGCCAAGGAGCCAGAGCCGGAGCUGGAGCCGGAAACGAAGGUGGAAAAGACCUCCCAGCCUCCACCAGAAGUAGUACCAGCAGCAGAAGUACGAGCGCCAAAAGACGCUUCGAGCUCGCCGGAAGUGGCUUUAGCUACCUCGCAUAGUAGGUCUGCCUCUCUCGCAGAGCCUCCUGCUGUCUCUCUGGACGAGGCCCGCUUAGAAGCCAACGCGAAAAAUGCUGAAGACCCUCCUGAAGCCGCAGAAGACAGCGCUGUGGCCCAGGCAGCCGAUUCAGCCUCAGCCGAGACCGCAGAAAAGCCUGCGCCUGCGCCUGCGCCUGCAGUCGAGGUGUCAGAAACGAUCAAAGACGAAGCACCGGAGACAGUAGAAGACAAACAGGAGCAACCACCAGAACCCGAGACCGCAAAAUCCGAGGACGCAGACGAAGACUUGUUGGGUAAUUUGGAAAAGCACCUUGGCGCCUGA